AUGCUUUUGAAGCAACUCGUCCUUCUGGCUGUCAUUGCCGCUGCUACCGCUGUACCGGUACCGCAAGAUGGACAUGCUCUCACGACAGAUGCAGCUCCUCCGCCUCCACCGGUAACCACGCAUCUACCUCCUUACGGAAAGCGUGAUACCCAGGAUCCUCCCCCGCCUCCGCCGGCGACCACACCUCCACCACCUCACGGAAAACGCGAUAAGCAAGCUCCACCUCCGCCCCCGGUGACUUCGAAGGUUCCGCCUGCUCCUCACGGGAAGCGUGAUGCCCAGGAUCCUCGCCCGCCUCCGGUGACUACCACGCCUGCCCCACCUCCUCCGGCUACAACAUCUCCGUCGCCUCACGGAAAGCGUGAUGAGCAAGCUCCACCACCACCAGUGACUUCGAAGCCUCCACAGCCGCCUCACGGGAAGCGUGAUGUCCAGGAUCCUCCCCCACCGCCGCCAGUGACCACGCCUCCACCUCACGGAAAGCGUGACGCGCAAGACCCGCCUCCGCCUCCUCCGGCUACAACACCUCCCCCACCGCACGGGAAGCGUGAUACUCAGGAUCCUCACCCGCCUCCUCCGGCUACAACACUCCCGCCGCCUCACGGAAAGCGCGAUAAGCAAGCUCCUCCUCCCCCGGUGACUUCGAAGGUUCCGCCGCCUCCUCACGGAAAGCGUGAUGAGCAAGCUCCACCACCACCAGUGACUUCGAAGCCUCCAAAGUCGCCUCACGGGAAGCGUGAUGCGCAGGAUCCUCCCCCACCACCGCCAGUGACCACGCCUCCUCCACCACACGGAAAGCGUGAUGCGCAGGACCCGCCCCCGCCCCCGCCUCCUCUAACGACCACGCCUCAUCCGCCGCACGGGAAGCGUGAUGCUCAGGAUCCACCCCCGCCUUCAACGACUACACCUCCACCUCCGCCACCGAGCCGAGCCCCUCACAAGGACAAUGCCUAA